GGAGAGCGGCGUCCUCGUCUCCGCCCUGCGCGCCGAUCUGCCCCCGUGCACAGGCGGCGAGUGCCCGCACGAGCCUGCGCGCCGGAACCAUCCCCAUGACUUGUGCGUCCGCGACAGCCCUCGGCACUCGCUCCCCCGCGGACGAGAAGUGAGCACCGACCGGUGUGUUCGGACGCGGAGUCAGCACGCAGACUUGACAGCUCGUCACGGGGAGGAGAAGCCUGUUUGACAACGACGGACCUCCGACGACGAGGACUCCCGCGAGCGUUGCAUGCGUCGUCGGAUUGGGAUACGGUCAUCACGGCCCUGGCUGGUCCUUCUGACUCGGAUGCAACCACACGCCCAUGCGACGAUGACGGCGGAUAUUGCUGCCUUCACUGUCCAGGUUAGGUUCUAGUAAACGCCAAAUGUUUACGGAAUGAAAUAAAGCUGUGUCGGUGGUUUGGGUCGGAAGACGCAAGCUGGACCUGGAUACCUACACCAUUUAUACAUAGAGCAUAUCAUUAUUAUUAUUAUUAUUAUUAUUGUUACUAAGGGGUGUCGCUCUAUUGAUGAAGGCAACAUGGAACCGGAGUGGCUCUCUCACUAUUUCAUCUCGUCCCCGAGCAUCAUUCUUCGUGUAGUGCUGCAGAGCCGCCGUGCAAACCUCCGCUGAUCACAUUCAGUAUCACCGCCGGGAUAUUGUUUCUGUCUUUUCCCAAAGAAGAAGUGGCGGACUACAAGAAAGAAAUUCACACCCUCGCCGCGAGACUAUCGAUCGGUGAUCCGCAACUACAAUGCAACAGGAUAGCGACAAAUGCCGGCAUCCCUUCCCUCCCUCCGCUGCACCAGAGGACCCGGCGCCGUCACAGGUGUAGCCCGGCGACGGAGGCGACUGAUUGGGCCGCUGCACAGACACGGAGGCAGGUCUCGCUGUGUUCACACUUGGCCGGAUGCUGACCGCGGUGCCACUCGGCCGUCCUGUAUUGGACACCUGCCGCCCGGUCGUCGGCUCGUUUCUGUAAUCCCCCAGCUGUCUCAAAAAUGGACGGGGCCUUUUGGUGAAGGCUGGGGACGCGGUUGGGAUUUCGCCUGGACCGGCUUGUCGAGAUGUAGGGCGAACACCCGCGGAUAUACCCAAACACAAUAUCAGAAGAGAAAACUGCUCCAUGUUCAUGGAGAUGGCUGGCGGGGGAGGUGCGUGUGCACUGGGAUGCAUGAGCAAUAAUGAGGACCCCCGCUCAGAGGAUUUCACUCAGCUCAAACACAGACUGCUGUUUUUACUGGCACCAUAAAUAUUCCAUUCCAUUAAUCCGACAAUCAGCUGUGGCUAUUAUUAUCAAAUGUCUCUCAGAUUCAAGUCACUGCUCAUCAGUGGGAUGAUAUUAACUACAGAAGAAGUCAUGUAUUUAUUAGACCAAGGGAUUGAAAACUAUAAAGGUAAUAGGAGUCCAGAUUUAGCUUUUGCUAAAUUCAUAAAGCAGCAAUGUAAGUAUGCAACUGUUUUAUUAACUCUAGAAAUUGAGAGAAAUGAUGUCUGGAUUUAGUGUCACACUUCACUCUGUGAUCAGGACCUCGUCAGACUGACUGUAUCUUUCCAAAGGAUUUCAUUAGAUAAACACUUAGAUAAACACAUAUUCAUCUACUGUGAGUCAUUGGCAGCUUUUCAAAAGACACCACAGUGAAAACAAUCAAUCAGGUUUCCGGGGGGUUAUGCUCAUAGAUCUGCUCUGCUGAGAGUCAUUGUUUGACCUGAUGUGCAUUGUCCCUAAAUGAACUUGCCUUUGGGAAUACAUGUUACUUACACAUUGCGUAGCAACAGCACAGAAGCAACUGGUGACGGGAUUUUUUGGCACAGUUUCAACAGCGAGAUGUGGAGAUGGGGGAGAGCAGUUGCAGCUCUCUGAUCCUCUGAUCCCCUCUCCCCCUCACUGGUGGUCGAGGACACCUCGUCUCAGUCAAUGGGCUCUGUAUGGAUUUCGUGCCUGAGUUGACAGAGGACAGGCCCACAACGUCAAAAAGCAGUCAGGCUGCCAUGAACCCAUACGGCAGAGCGAGCAGCACAGCAGCCCCCCUGUCCUGCACCAGCUGUGGGGGCUGCUGCUCCCCGCCUCCUCCUUCCCUAAUCCCAGCUGGGCCCCCCUCCUCUACUACCUCCUCCUCCUCCAUGCCCCUGAAUAUGACCCCUCCACCGCCAAUGUUUCCUGCUCCGGUUGUGCGGGUGGAGAACGGCAGCAGUUGGAACUCCUCAACCAUCUCAUCCUCGGGCUCCCCAGACUCCCACCCUGGUCACUGCUGUGGGGCCAACAACCCUAACCCCUACUGGACGGCAGUUUUUGACUAUGAGGCCACAGCAGAUGAGGAGUUAACACUGCGGCGUGGAGACCUUCUUGAGGUUCUCUCCAAAGACUCUAAAGUGUCUGGGGAUGAGGGUUGGUGGACAGGUAAGAUCCAGGACAAGGUGGGUAUCUUCCCAAGCAACUAUGUCACAAGGGGGGAUGCGGCUAACUACCAGCAGCUGACCGCAGGAGGGCUGGUGGCAGGUGGGGUGGGUGACUGCCCCGUGGAAAUAGACUUCUCUGAACUGCUCCUGGAGGAAGUGAUAGGGGCUGGUGGUUUUGGGAAAGUAUAUAAAGGAGUGUGGCGGGCAGAGGAAGUAGCAGUAAAAGCCGCCAGGCAAGACCCCGAUGAGGAUAUCAGUGCCACGGCUGAGAGCGUGCGGCAGGAGGCCCGGCUGUUCUGGAUGCUCCGGCACCCCAACAUAAUUGCACUCCGGGGAGUCUGCCUGCGGGAGCCCAACCUGUGCCUGGUGAUGGAGUACGCUAGGGGAGGUGCUCUGAACCGGGCCCUGGCUGGAAAGAAGGUUCCCCCGAGGGUUCUGGUGAACUGGGCAGUCCAGAUCGCUACAGGGAUGGAUUACCUGCACAACCAGGCAUUCGUACCAAUCAUCCACAGAGACCUGAAGUCCAGCAAUAUCCUCAUUCUGGAGCCGGUGGCGCGGGACGACCUGAACGGUAAAACCCUGAAGGUCACAGACUUCGGCCUGGCCAGAGAGUGGCACCAGACGACCAAGAUGAGCGCGGCGGGGACCUACGCCUGGAUGGCCCCGGAGGUCAUCAAGCUCUCGCUCUUCUCCAAGAGCAGCGACGUGUGGAGUUUCGGGGUGCUUCUCUGGGAGCUGCUGACCGGCGAGGUUCCUUACCGGGAGAUAGAUGCACUGGCCGUAGCUUACGGUGUCGCCAUGAACAAGCUAACGCUUCCAAUCCCUUCAACCUGCCCUGAACCUUUUGCUCAGCUGCUGGGAGAGUGCUGGAGCCCCAACCCCCACAGCCGGCCCUCGUUCACCAACAUCCUGAGGCGCCUGCUGGCCAUCGAGCAGUCGGCCAUGUUCCAGAUGCCUCUGGAGUCUUUCCACUCCUUACAAGAAGACUGGAGGCUGGAGAUCCAGCAGAUGUUUGACGAGCUCAGGGCCAAAGAGAAGGAGCUGAGAUCAUGGGAGGAGACGUUGGCUCGAGCAGCCGAGGAGCAGAGGGAGCAGGAGGAGCAGCUGAGGAGGCGAGAGCAGGAGCUGGCGGAGAGGGAGAUCGACAUCGUGGAGCGAGAGCUGAACAUCAUCAUCCACCAGAUGUACCAGGAGAAACCCAGCGUGAAGAAGAGGAAGGGCCACUUCAAGAAGAGCCGACUGCUGAAGCUGGGCAGAGACAGCAACUGUAUCAGUCUGCCCUCAGGCUUUGAGCAUAAGAUCACAGUGCAGGCGUCUCCCAGUGUGGACAAGAGGAAGACCCCUGGGAGCGAGAGCACCACCCCACCUGCCAGCCCGGGGGUCAUACCCCGACUGAGAGCCAUCAGAUUGACACCGAGCGACGGCAGCAAGACGUGGGGGCGCAGCGCUGUGUGCAAGAAGGAAGACCUGGCGACCAACAAGAAGAAAGGACGCACCUGGGGACCGAGCUCCACCCUCCAGAAAGAGAGGGUCGGCGGGGAGGAGAAGCUGAAAUCACUUGGUGAAGGAUGCAAAGUCUGGUCGUCCAGUGCACCAAAUCUGGGCAAAUCCCCCAAACAUGCACCCAUGACCGCUGCCUUCUCCAGCUUAAAUGAAAUGGAGGAGUCCUGUGAGUUGGAGGAGUCACCAGGGUCCUUGCAGCCCUCAGAGACCAGCAGUAACGGGGCUGCGGAGGACUCGGGGUCUCUGUGGGGCAGCCUGGGAGCCAACACCGCGCCUGCUGUCGGGGGGUCUAACACCAGCUCCUGUCAGGGCCCUGGAGGCCUGGGAUCGGGGGUCAGCUACCAAGACUCUCUCCGUCGCUGCAACCAGAGGAAGAAGAGCGAUAUGUUGUUGCUGGGUUGUGCCUCUCUGCUGGCAUCUGUCGCGCUUGGACAAGACCUGCUGCAGCUCGGAAAACUGCAGGUGCUUCAGGACGAGCAGGACCUCAGAGAGGAACAGCGUAAAAAGAAGGAGGGUCUCUUUCAGCGGACGGGACGAUUCCGCCGCAGCACCUCUCCACCCAGCCGGAACCUGUCCCUCUCCCUCUCGAGACAUCACGACUCCACGCUGCCCUGCACGGACCCUUCUCCCUCUGUUACACUCCUCUCUUUGUCAUCUCUGUCCGACUGCAACUCCACAAAGUCCCUCCUCCCCUCGGACCCAGAUGAGUACCCCCUGACUCCGGUGACGGGGGUCAAAACACCGGCGGCUCCGGUGCCUCCAGCUCCUGCCCUCAACCCGCUCUUGGACCUGCGGGCAGAGAGCUUUAAGAAGGAGCCCAACCAGUCGCUCACGCCGACCCAUGUGUCUGCCACCAUGGCCAUGAAGAGAGGACACAGACGCACACCUUCAGACGGGGCCAUACGACCCCGAGCCCACACUCUGGGACACCACAGGACACCGUCAGAUGGGAGCAUGCCCAUGCCCCCUCCACCAGGGGGACCACACAUCACAGCAAACAAGGGUACACUGGAAUCGCUGGACAUCCCCCGCCUCCCCGACCCCUCCACCAUCUUCCCAGUCCCUCAUCGGCGUAAAGCCCCCGCUCCCCCAAUCCCUGACGUGGCUCCUCACUGCCUCAUCAGCCCCCUGGAGAGACCCAAGACGCUGGAGUUUGCGCCCCGGCCGCGGCCCACCCCGGCCAGGAUGAGAGCCGACCCCUGGAAGCUGGGCUCUCUCUCCCGGACCCAGAGCUCGUCCCCGGGCAGCAGCUGUGACAGCCCGCUCGGUUCAGGGGACAGCAGCGCCAGCGCAGUGCGACCCAACCUGAUGGACAUGGACAUGGAGGGCCAGAGUUCGGACCCGACCAUCCCUCUGUGUGGACAACGGCAGGCUGCCACUCUGUGUGGACAGCAAUACUCAUAGUGGAAAAACAACAAUUGAACAUUUCCAACUAUAUAUAUUUUUUUUUUGCAUUCAAACCUGUCCCAGGACAUUAGAGAAUGAAGAAUGCUUAGGUGUCUGAGACAAGCAAAGUGCACUCACUAAAGUUUGCAAAAAACAACCCACCUCUUUUCAUGUUUCUAGGCACUUAUUGGAAGCCAUCUUAUCCCCUGUGUGCCCACUAAGUGUCCCUAAUAAGGUGUGAAACCCUGACAGCAAGCCUUUCCCGGAUAGUGCUCUGUAACCUGCACGACACUGAGGGUCCUCGAGGUUGCUUAGAAGCCUUGACGCAUCCUCACAAAGCCCAUCACCACUUAUUUCCCUCCUUGGAAGCCAUUUCUACCUGCCUCUUCGUGACCAGGUUACAUUUCCUACAAGACUUACAACCUUCGAAAGCCAUUCAAAUGCUCUCUUUGACUCUUUCGCUAACUAUUCAUUUCAAUUCAUCUUCUUGUGCUUUUGCCGCCUCGUCUGUGUAGCCGCCCACUUCCUGCUUGGAUCUUUCCUCUCUCCCGCUCCAAAGACCACAAAAAAUAUCUUCAUCUUUUCACUAUUUCACCUAAACAUUUGUUGUUUCAGGAGUUUUCCCUGAAAGAAAUAAGAGCUAGACUGUUUAAAAUUCUUAAUAGAGAGUGUCCUUGUUCUUAUUUUGCACGCUGGUUUUCCUGCCGGUCCACAGACAUCUCCCAUAAAGUUUCUUCACAUGUCAUCUCUGUGUAUGGGCGUCUUCGUCUUCUUCCUUCCAAGACUGAGACAGUCGUUCCCCUCAAAGCACUGGUGGACUGGUGAUAUCUUCAGCCUUGUACAUUAAAAGAUAGAGUUUAUUUUCUCAGUGCUUGCACCUUCCCUGCCGCAACCUGUUAGCAAAAGUGUUUUUCUAUUGGUUUGGCAGACCAGGUGUAUUUCUCUGUGUGAAUGUGUAUAUAUCACUGUACAUGUGUGGUGCCGGUGCUUUUUCAGUGCAUGUCAUUUUGCGUGUGAAUGGUUGGCUGUACGCGACAUGGAGCACUUCUUCACUUCUUGUUUGUCUUUUACAAGGGUUUUGAUGAAGACGUUCCUCACUACGCCGUCAGUAGCACUCUGUCGGGAUCCUAAUACAAAAAUAGAAGAACACGGAGGGAAACAAACUACCUGAUUUCAACACCAACCUCAUGUUUAUGUAGGACCCGUUCUGAAGCUUCGUAUAUGCUCCCCUGACCUGCUGUUUCCAAUAUCAGUGGCACUUUUAGGAGCCACGUUGUGCAACUAGUUAAGGUCUCUGUGGACCAGUGGACUUGGAACAAGCUGCUCACGUCAACGCCGACAAAUCAACUUUUAUCUCCGGAGUCGUUUUCGUACAGCGGACAGUUCGUCUUGGCGGCAGAUGGUAUUAACCUUACUGUGCAAAUUUCUCUCUCGGUGAGUGUGUGAGUGUGAAUAUGAGUGUGUGUCAUAAUUUGUAUGGGAUGGGAGAGUGAGCUCAAAACUCAAUCUUCUUGUGUGGUUAAGAACACUGAGUAUUUAUUAAAUUUAUUGUUAUUAUUGGAAAGGAUUAAUUAUUAUUACAGUGCUCUUCCUGGGAUAUCUGUAUAUAUUUGUUAAUGUAACAGGAAAAACCAAGGAAACUGCUCACUGAAACGUCCAAGGUGUCUCCAGUCUCAACCUGUGACAUUUCAUUUUUCUUCACAAAGGAAUAUGUGCGAAUUGUGAUGAAUGAGAGACGAAUAAAAAGAAAGGAAAGAAGGAAAGAUG